AUGAAGUGGCUUAGAGGUCUGGCAUUGGUCUCCGCCGUUGCGGAAGCUGGUUCAUUCAGGACCCGCAGCCCGCCGGGAAGCAUUUGCGCAGACGCCGGCGGCGGACAUGUUGGCUACUACGAUUUAGAAAACGACUCGAAGCACAUGUUUUUCUGGCUGGCAGAAAGUCGCGGAGAACCGAGAAAUGAUCCGGUUAUCCUUUGGAUGAGUGGUGGCCCCGGUGCCUCUUCCGUUGCUUUCGGUCUCUUCCAGGAACUUGGUCCUUGCCUCAUUAACGGCGCCAACUCAACAAGAUCAAAUCCAUAUGCAUGGAACAAUAACGCGAACGUCAUUUUUGUUGAUCAACCAUCAAAUGUUGGCUUUUCAUAUUCCAAGACUCCUGUGACCAAUUUGGAAGACGCCACAUCCGACAUGUACAACUUUCUCACGGCGUUCAUGGAAAAUUUCCCGCAAUAUUCGCAUCAAGACUUCUACAUCAUAGGAGAGUCGUAUGGAGGGACCUGGGUUCCAGCACUUGCAAGGAAGAUCCACCACCGACAGUCCUCCCCGAUGGCGGAACUCGUGCGAUCAACCGCGAAUGUCAAUGAGACGAAGAUCAACCUGAAAGGAAUCGGACUGGGCAACGCACAACUCUCACAGAAACUGCAAUGGCCUGGGUUCUACCCGACGGGAUGUCUAGGGCCCAAUCCCGUCUACAACGACAGUGUUUGCUCCAUCAUCGAGGCGCAUAUGCCGCAAUGCGAGAGCAUGCUGCAGGUUUGCACUGACAUGGAUAACGAUGCCGACGUCUGUAAUAAUGUGCUAGACUAUUGCAGGAAGCGAAGCGUCUACUUCAUCUUCGACGAGCACCUGAACCCUUACGAUUUCCGCAAGCCUUGCCCUGACGGGGGGCUAUGCUGCGAAGAGGCCGACUGGAUCGCGGGAUAUCUCAACUCUUCCUCGGUAAAACGGGGGCUUGGUGUAUCCGAAGAUACCAUAUUUAACAUCAUUGACUAUGAGCUGGGACAACAUUUUGAUAAGUCAGGAGAUGUUUCUUUCGACACCGUCGCCUGGGCCGGAGAGCUGCUAGACCAGGGAUACAGGGUGCUUCUCUACGCUGGCAACAAAGACUGGUUCUGCAACUCAGUGGGAGAAAAGAAUCUGGUUCACAACAUUCGUUGGCGUCACCAGCCCGCUUUUCAAGCACAAGACUUCCAAUCAUACACUUUGGAUGGAGAAAGAAUAGGCUCGUUCAAAGAAAAAGAUGGCCUCAGCUUCGCAGAAAUUUUCGAUGCGGGACACAUGGUUCCAGCUGACAAGCCGAAGGAGUCACUUUUCUUCAUACAAUCUUGGAUGAAAGGGGAGUUAAACUCUACGUGA